AUGCCCUACACCGUCAAAGUCCGCGUCUACCAAACCAACCAAAACGCCUACUUCCACAUCGUCGAGAAAGCCUGCUGGCACUACACCGACGGCUGCGAGUGGAACGAGCAAAACGGCGUGCUGUCCCUCUACAUGGGUGACAGCGGCACCGCAGGCCUGCUGCGCUUCAAGAACGAGGAAGGCAAAGAAGCUUUCUCCGUUGCCGUCGGCGUUCACAUGUACAAGCCCUGGAUUGACAUCAUCACUGGCCUCGCGGAUCACAUCACCGGUGCUCAGUCUCUGCCUGAGUACUAG